UCCAAUCAGGAGGAGAGAAACGCGGGAGUGGAAAUUUAGAAAUUUAAGAAUAGAAAGUAUGGCAUUUUUUGGAGGAGCAGCGCCGUCUCCUUUUGGAGCAACAGCCACUACAUCCACAUCAACAGGAUUUGGAGGAUUCGGCACACAAAAUCAAAGCACAGGAUUUGGUCUAUUUAACCAAACAAAGACAACAGCCCCUACAUUUGGAACUAGUGGCUUUGGAACUGCUACUGGUGCAACGACAGGUUUUGGGGCCAGUACAGGAUUUGGGUUAGGUGGAACAGCCACAACUCAGCCUACAACAGGCUUUGGCACAGCAACAGGUUUUGGAGCUGCCCCGGCAGGUGGAUUUGGAACUGGAACUGCAUUUAAAGGUUUUGGAACUGGAGCAGCUACAGGAUUUGGGGCUACUGGAGCCACAGGAUUUGGAACAAUAGGAGGUCCCCAGUUGCAAGCUCAGCAGCAACAACAAGCACAACAAGCACAACAAUCUAGUCUGGAAUUACUGGGCACUGCUGUUACACUGCCACAAAUCUAUGGAGAUGAGAGGGAUGCCAUCAUUGCUAAAUGGAACCAGUUACAAGCAUAUUGGGGCACAGGAAAGGGAUUUUACAGCAGCAAUGGUUUUGUAAACUUUACCCCUGACAAUCCUUAUUGCAGGUUUAAGGCAGUAGGAUACAACAGAUUACCAAGGUCCAGAAAUGAGGAUGGACUGGUCUCUGUUGUGAUAAAGAAAAAAGAAUCAGAGGUUACAGCACAACAACAACAAGUGGUAGACCAGUUGUUUAAAAUUCUUGGAAAUAAACCUCAUCUGUCUGUGUGUGUGGAGGGAAUCAAAACUCUUCCUGAUGAUAAAACUGAACUAGUUAUAUACAUCUUAGAGAGACCAGCAAGUGGUCCUGCCAAAAGAAUAACAGCAAGUGAGCUGUUCCAGUUCCUGAACACACCCAAUAUAAAACAACAAAUUACAACACAGCUUGCGGCAGAAGAUAUUUGGCAGAAAACUGGGUUUACACCAGAACAACUGAAAGUUUAUUUAGAAAACCCUCCUGCUGGAAUUCAUCCAUUCAUUUGGGAGCAGGCAAAGUUAGAUAACCCUGACCAAGAGAACUUGAUCCCUGUUCCAGUAGUAGGAUUUAAUGCUUUACAACAGAGAAUGAAACACCAGGAACAGCAAACAAAAGCUCAUCAACAGAGACUUGAUAUGAUAGCAAAUGAAUUACAACAGUUCCAACAAAAACAAAAUAAUAUGAUGUCAAAAAUGGAUGAAUACAAAAGAAAACACAUAGAACUGAGUCACAGAUUACUACAAGUGGUGGUUAAACAGGAAAUCUUCAGAAAGAUGGGUUACGCAAUACAGGCUGAUGAAGAGCAACUCAGGGUCCACUUAGAGAAAACUCAAGCAGAAUUAAAUCAUCCUACACAAUUUAAAGGAAGGCUAAAUGAAUUAAUGUCCCAAAUCCGUAUGCAGAAUCAUUUAGCAGGAAAUAGAGCUGAUUUUAGUUACCAAAUGGACCCAUCAUUACAACAAGAAAUUAAACAGCUUCUGAAACAGCAACAAGAUGGUCUGAAACAUUUAAUACAAAUUGUAAAAGACGAUUCUCAUGAUUUACAAUUAAUGGAACAAAGUUUACAGGAAUCAUCACACAGAAGAUAGCGUUUAUUGUGUCAUGUUAUAGCUUGGAGAUUGAUAUAUUUAAGACUAUUUCAUUAAAAAUAUAUGAGACAUUGUCAAAAAAUUGUUAAUAAGAUCGUGGACACUGAAAGUUUAAUAAGAUGGUGAUUGACUUACUUAUCAUGUCACCUACAAAUUAUUUUAUGAUGUACACUGUUAAUUCCAUUGCAGCAAUUGCAUGAACUUCUUCAUCAUAAUGUUCUUAUUGUUAUACAGUUAUACCUAUAAUGAUCAAACAUUGUUAUAUUUUAUUGGACACAAACAGAAUAUCAUUAAACAAGGGUUUAUAUUAAAAUAUUGUCACAC